UUUUUGUGAAUGCAGUUUUAUUAUGAUGUUAAUUUCAUGAUUGCAUUUACAUGAAAAUUCUCCUUUGCCUUAUUAGUGUUUGUCAUGAUGCUUAACAAAUGAUUAUAGAGAUUUGUUGCAACCCAGAUAAAUUGACUGUAUUUAUGUGCCUUUAACUGCUUCAAUCAGUAUGUUUAAUUUUUAGAUGUUGAUAGGUGUGUGAUUUGCUUGAAUACGAUGAUUCUAAGUGUGACUGCACUCAUUUUUCUUGCUGCUAUAACCAUUUAUGGUCAUGGGUUGGCUUGUCAAGAUUUAUAAGUAGUUUCUGUUUACAACAGCUGGUUUUAAUAAGGAGUGGAAACCAAAGUCCACAAGUACAAUUAGCGGGGGUUCUGGAUCAGCUAGUUUAUCUGAAUCUUCUGCUGAAACAACUGGGCAGUUACAAUCUGUGUCUAAGGUCGUUGACUCUGGAGAAGCUGCUUCUAUACUACAGAGGAAGAUGGAGGAUUUACAUCUUUCACCACGUCAACAUGUUAAACUUCCAAACCAUAUCUUGGUGCCUGAUUCUGAGAAGAAUAAGUUUAGCUUUGGGAGUUUGGGGUUCACUUAUAGGGGUAAUACAAGUUAUGAUAGUGGCCCAGAGAAUGAAAAGAGUUCUAUGCCACCUUCUGAAGUAUCACAGGAUGUUGAAGAAACUGCAGAGGAGUCGGCCCCAAGCAGUCACAAUGCUCCAGUUACAACUGUUGUGGAAGAUUAUACUGACCAUCCACAAUCACCCACUACUAUGCCUGAGAAUUUAUCAUCUGGUGAGGUUGUAGUGUCAUCUCCUGCUAUUCAGGAGUAUAAUGAGUCCAAGCAAGAUGCUACUUUGCCAUCUGGAGAUAAUCAGUGCUCUCUGGUGCAUACUUCUCAAAAAUACAGUUCAAGUUUUAUGCCCCCAAUGUCGGGAACACAGUCUGCACAAUUUGAUAAAUCUGACUCUCAAGCUCAUGAUAUUUCUCAACUUCCAAGCUUUGUUGUUCAUCAACCUAUUGAUCCAACUAGUUAUUAUGCCCACAUUCAUCGGUCUGGUGCUGACAGUGAUGGUCAUCUAUCCUCUUUUCCCUCUACUGAGGUUACAACUAAGUACAAUGGCAAUGCUGCAGUGCUGCCUGCACCAAAUUCUCAGUCUGUUCAUGAGGCUCUUGCACACAAUGGCACGUGGGAGCUUGUCCCUCUUCCUCGUGGGAAGUAG